AUGAGCUACGACAAGGAACCGCGUUUCAAGAAAGUCAUCUGCGAGAGCAAGGCUAAGUUCGACAUUCUCGUCAUGCUAGAGGUCAUGGUCAAAGAUUAUCGCAGCAAGGACUGUAGUGCUCAGCACCAAAUUUCUUCUCUUGAGAAACUCCGCAUUUUCAAGCUGGCAAUCGAGAGAGACGAGUCCGCUCUCGCGUUCGACAUGAUGGACUUGUACCUGCGAUGCAUCCGAAUGCUGCAGGAAAUCCAAGUUCAUGAUGUUACCCACGCGCCCUUCGACUAUCCAAAGUCAAAUUUCACUGGAGGCCUGUCAAUGAACAGCGUAACCGUAGAGAUGCUGCAUGACCUAGGUGGAGAGCCACGUCAUCACCUGACUAUAUUCCCUGAAACCGCUGCCAUAGUUCGCAAGGUCAUUCAGGACGAAGGUAGCGCAGUCUGUAAGAAGGCUGCAUUACGGGCAGAGGAGAUGAAACAUUUGCACACCAAGGACGUCGGCAGCGACAAGGAAAGCUUUGAGAAUUCUCCAGAAGAUACCAUACCACUGGAGGGGCGUGAGCGCUUCAGUUUCAUAGCCUUUGUUGACGAUAUGAACAACUGCCGCAUACCCUCUGGUGUGGGGUGA